AUGAGUAAAGGGAAAGAACCAACCCCAGCCUCGCAGUUUAUGUACCAUCAUGUUUGGGAGAUUUUAAGAGACCAGCCUAAAUGGAAGGAACAAACAUGCAUGGUGGGAAGCCAAAGCCAUAGCAGCAAAAGAUCUUUUGAAAAUAUCUCAUCUGAUGCUAACACCUUUGACCUCAACGAUGAUAAUGAUGUGUCGGUUGUGGAUUAUAACUUCAAUGUGGAAGAGCUUCCUCACCCUAUAGGCACAAAGAAGGCCAAAGCAAUGGCUAAAGCUAAAAAGGCUAAAUUUAAGAAUAAGGGUGGGUCAUCAAAAACUGAAGACGCCAUGGAACGCUUUCAACACUUUAGUGACCUUAAGAUAUCUACCUAUGAUGAUAUCAAAACCCAAAUGCGUGAAUAUGUCGACAUCAAACGCAAAGAGAACGAACUACGUGAAUAUGAAAUCCUUUUUAAGGAUACAAGCUUAAUGACUCCCGAGCAACUCGCAAUACAUAAAAUUUGUUGUGACAAAAUUAGGGCAAAGUAUGGUAUUUAG